AUGUCCGUCUACCCAUCCUGCUCCUCCCUUCCUUCUACCCAUCCUCUUACCCCUCCCUCCCUUCUACCCAUCCUUCUACCCAUCCUUCUACCCAUCCUUCUACUCAUCCUUCUACUAAUCCUUCUACCCAUCCUUCUACUCAUCCUUUUACCCAUCCUUUUCCUCCCUCCCUCCCUUCCAUCUACCUAUCCUUCUACCCCUCCCUCCCUUCUACCCAUCCUUCUACCCAUCCUUCUACUCAUCCUUCUACCCAUCCUUCUACCCAUCCUUCUACCCAUCCUUCUACCCCUCCCUCCCUUCCUUCUACCCAUCCUUCUACCCAUCCUUCUACCCAUCCUUCUCCUCCCUCCCUCCCUUCCUUCUACCCAUCCUUCUACUCAUCCUUCUACCCAUCCUUCUCCUCCCUCCCUCCCUUCCUUCUACCCAUCCUGCUACUCAUCCUUCUACCCAUCCUUCUACCCAUCCUUCUACCCAUCCUUCUCCUCCCUCCCUCCCUUCCUUCUACCCAUCCUUCUUCUCAUCCUUCUACCCAUCCUUCUCCUCCCUCCCUCCCUUCCUUCUACCCAUCCUUCUACCCAUCCUUCUACCCAUCCUUCUACUCAUCCUUCUACCCAUCCUUCUCCUCCCUCCCUCCCUUCCUUCUACCCAUCCUUCUACUCAUCCUUCUACCCAUCCUUCUUCCCCUCCCUCCCUCCUGUAGUGAUAGAGUAA